AUGGAAAAGAGAGUGUGUGUGAUCCAGACUGACUUCCACCAGUAUAGACCCACCAUUGCUCUCCACAACAGACCCCUGGCACAUGUCCCUGUUUUUGCAGCCGUUCAUACAGAGGAAGCAGGGAUGAGGGAGAGAGAGGAGCUCAGGAGAGCCAUAGAGCAGAGUGACCGGCUCCUUUCCAAGGUCCGUGAACUGGAGGAGCAGAACACCCAGCUUAACAAGGAAAAGAAUGAGGUGGCCACUAAAUACCGAGCUGAGCAGGAGAGUGCUCAGGUAUCUGAGCAUCGCUGUGCCCAACUGGAGAAGGCAAGGCGCGAGCUGGAGCGGCAGCUGGAGGAGGAGGAGGUCUGCUCAGCCCAGCUGGCCCUUCACAGAGACAGGCUGGAGGCCGAGUGCAGCAGCCUCAGACGAGACCUGGAAGAGCUGGAGAGCGCUCUGACUGUAGCUGAAGAGGAUAAACAGCUGUCACACAGUGAGGUAAGGACGCUGUCAGAGCAGCUUUUUCAGAGGGACGAGGUGGUGCAGAAGCUGCAGAAGGAAAAGGAACAUCUGGUGGAGCUCAGCCAGCAGGCCAUUGAGGACCUGCAGAGUGAAGAGGAGAAAGUCAACCUGCUGACCAAAGAGAAAACCAAGUUGCAGAUGCACACUGAAGAUUUGGAGUACCAGCUGGAACAGGAGCGCCAUCAGCGUGCUGAGCUAGAGAAGAGCAGGAGGAGGCUGGAGGGGGACAGCAGAUCUUCGCAGGACAGUCUGGGAGAGAUGGAGAAGAUGAGGAAUGGUCUGGAAGACCUCAUUAAAAGGAAGGAGCUGGAGAUCAGCAGUACCAGCUCCAAACUAGAAGAAGAGGAGGCGCUUAACUUUGGACUGCAGAGGAAGACUAAGGAGCUACAGGCUCGCAUUGAAGAGCUGGAGGAGGAGCUGGAAGCAGAGCGGACCAUGAGAGCCAAGGUGGAGAAGCAGAGAGCUGAUCUCACCAGAGAACUGGAUGAUCUCACAGAUCGCCUUGAAGAAGCAGGAGGAGUCACCGCCUCACAGAUGGAGGUGAACAAGAAGCGAGAUGCAGAGCUGCAGCGCCUGAGACGAGACUUGGAGGAGUCCUCUGCCCAGUCUGAAGCUCUGGCUGUGUCUCUGAGGAAGCGGCACAGCGACGCCGUCACAGAGCUCACAGAGCAGUGUGAAGCUCUGCAGAGGACCAGAGCCAAACUGGAUAAGGAGAAGCAGAACCUGAGGAUGGAGGUGGAUGACCUAGCUGCUUCACUGGACAGUUUACAGAAGGCCAAGGCAUCGUCUGACAGCCAGAUGAAGAAGCUGGAGGAGCAGCUGUCUGAGGCCAACAGGAGAGGAGACGACCUGCAGAGGACGCUCACUGAGCUCAGCGUGGCCAAGAACAGGCUCACAGUCGGUCUGGUGAAAGGUAAUGGGAAAGUUGUGUCUCUUCGCUGGUGUUGCCAGUGUAAGCAGGGGGUCAGCAGCACUCUGAGCUCAGUGCGGCAGGAGUGCGAGGUGCUGAGGGAGCAGCUGGAGGAGGAGCAGGAGAGCAAGCAGGAGAUGCAGCGCCUCGUCUCCAAACUCAACAGUGAAGUGACGCACUGGAGGACCAAACACGAGGCCGACACCAUCCAGCACGCAGACGAGCUAGAGGAGACCAAGAAGAAGCUGGCAAGCAGGCUUCAGGAGGCUGAGGAGGCCGUGGAGGCCACCCAGGCAAAAUGUUCCUCACUGGAGAAAACCAAACAGAGGCUGCAGGGAGAGGUGGAAGAGCUCUGUAUGGACCUGGAGAAGGCCAGCAGCUGUGGGCAGGCUCUGGAUAAGAAGCAGAGGGUCCUGGAAAAGCAGCUUGGGGACUGGAAAGAGAAGAGUGAGGAGCUGGUGGCCGAGGUGGAGGGCUGCCAGAAGGAGAGCAGACAACACGCCAGCGAGCUCUUCAAACUCAAGACGGCUCAUGAAGAGACUCUGGAGCAGCUAGAGGCUCUGCGCAGGGAAAAAAGCCACCAGAGGGCGCUAGAAUCCCUGCAGGCCAGUCUGGAUGUAGAGGUGAAAGGGAAGUCGGAGGCACUGAAACUGAAGAAGAAACUGGAGGCUGACAUCAAUGAGCUGGAACUGCAGGUGGACUUGCUCACCAAGAGCAACACAGAGCUCAGCAAGAACAGCAAGAAGAUGCAGCAACAGAUCAAGGAGCUGCAGGCUCAGCUGGAGGAGGAAGCGAGGAGCCACGAGGAGUGCAGGGAGGAGCAGGUGGCCAUGGAGCGACGCUGCUCUCUGCUGAUCAGCGAGGGUGAGGGGACCCACGCGGCCCUGGAGAGCGCCGAGAGGGCCCGAAAGGCUCUGGAGAUAGAACUGCAAGAGUCCGGGGAGAAAUACGGCGAUCUCAACAACCAGUUCCAGUCGGCUCUCAGCGGGAGGAGGAAGCUGGAGGUGGAUCUCCAGACUGUGCAGCAGGAGCACGAGGAGCUCCAGGCCGAGAUGAGAGGAUGCACAGACAAAGCUAAGAAGGCCACCUGUGAGCUUGCACGAGUUGGGGAGGAGCUGCGUCUAGAGCAGGAGCACACGCUCCACCUGGAGAGAGUGAAGAAAGGACUGGAAGCCCAGAUCAAAGAGAUGAGCAGCAGACUGGAGGAAGCUGAGCAGAUGGCUCUGAAAGGAGGAAAGAAGAUCAUCCAGAAGCUGGAGGGAAAGGUGAAGGAGCUGGAGCUGGAGCUGGACUCUGAACAAAAGCGGCACGCUGAGACAGUGAAGACGCUGCGGAAGAACGAGCGUCGGCUGAAGGAACUGCUGUUCCAGUCGGAGGAGGACCAGAAGAACCAGCAGAGGAUGCAGGAGCUGGUGGAGAGGCUGCAAAACAAGAUGAAGGCCUACAAGAGACAAGUAGAGGAGGCCGAGGAACAAGCUAACAUGAACCUGGCAAAGUACAGGAAGACCGUGCACGAGCUGGAUGAUGCCGAAGAGAGGGCGGACAUUGCUGAAUCAGCGCUCACCAAGAUUAGGACCAAGAACAGAGGAAGCUUCGGCAAGGGAUACUCCUCCGGCUACAGCACUCCGUACCCAGGCCGAGUCCGGUCACCCAGUUCAGUGGGCUCGGAAGGCGGAGGAGAGAAGAUCCUCAACGAUGACGAGGAGUCAGUCAGCUCCCUCAUCCCAGCCUAUCUCAACUCCCUCAAGAAGCUCAUGAUUGAUUAGGAGCAUGGCUUCAAUUUCACCAUCAUCCCCCAGAAGUGAAGCAUGGUACAGUAUGAAGUUUGAAACAUCCAAAAGGUUCCAUGGGUGGAACCUGACUUUUUUUUGUGUAUGCUGUACAUUCCUGUUGAGUUUUCUACAAUGUACUUGUGGCUUCCUCUCUGAGUGAAAGGUCAUAGCCCUGACACAUUCCAGCUUUAUAUCCCCUUUUUAUCCAUUUAUACUGUAACAUUUGUAUGUAAAAACUAAUAAAUGUAUUUCUAAGUGUUCCAAAUUUCCAAAUAUCUAAAGAACAAUCCUCAGGCUGAUUCUCAGUCUGGAACACACCAUUUUAUAUGAGAUAUUGUAUUUGUUUAAUACAUAAAAAGCCAGACAAGACAAAGCAUCAAUAGUUACAAAAUAAAGCUGGCACCCAGAAUCUGCAGUUCCUCUAAUGGCCACAUGAGGCUGUUAAAAAAGCAAGUCAAUCCACUACAGACUUCCAAAUCAAAAUGUGCAACUUUACUGUACUGACAUAUAUACGGGGUGGCUGAGGCUAUUCCAGACAUUUGUGCUUUAGCAGAUAUCCUUCUCUUUCUGUAAACAUGCAGAGUUUAUGGGUCCAGCUUGCUAAUCAAGCCUGCUAGCAUUAGUAUUUACACUUCCUGAUUUCUUAGAUUUUCAAAUAUUUGUCACACACUCAUGUUUCAGAUCAAACACACGUGGACAAAAGUAACUGAAGUAAACAGAAAAUACAGUUUUUACAUGAUGAUUUCAUUUAUUAAGGAAAAAAGUAACCAAAAGCACCGGGGGCUAUGUGAAAAAGUAACUGCCCCUCAAACAUAGUAACUGGUUUGAGGGGCAGUUACUUGGGAUGGAGCGUUUUUCAUACAUUUCCAGGAAGGAUGUUGUUCCUCUUAGUAAAUAAGCUCAUUAUUUAAAAUCUGCAUUUUGUAUUUAUUCUGGCUCUCUUUUUCCGAUUUGAUCAUCAGGAAUCAGGAAAGUACUGUUUGUAGUCAAGAUUUCCUUCAUUUAAGCAAAUCCGUGACAACCUUUAAGAUAAAUAAGGUUCAAACUGGCUGCAGUAUUUAUUAAACCAUACAUGCGAGAGGCUACAGGGACGUUUUUGAGUCCGUACAUAAGUGGUGACUUAAAUAUAAAACACUUUUUUUCAUGAUUAACUUUUGCCUUAUAAAUGACUUCAGUCACUAUCAUAAAGUGUUGCUGGGGUGCUGUCAGCACAUGGAGUAUUUUAGGCCAUUAAUGUCAGUGUAUUUUCAUAUUUCAAAUGUAUCUGUCUGAACUUUUCACUGACUAAACCUGUAACAAGACCUGACCAAAUAUGCUGUUGAAU